GAUUUUUUUCUUUUUUUAUAUUGUGUUCUGGUGAAAUUUAUAUAAAAAAUUAAAAUAAUAUUGCAGACUUAUAAAGAAAGAUAAAAUAUUAAGCUAAAUAUUUUAUUUAGCAAAAAGCCCUCAAAAUGAUGUACGAGAAUGAAGAAGAAUUGUAUGAGGAGGAGAAUGCGGAGGAAAUCUCCCAUGAGUUGUGGCAAGAAGCCUGUUGGAUUGUUAUUAACGCCUAUUUUGAUGAAAAAGGUUUGGUACGACAGCAGUUGGACAGUUUUGAUGAAUUUAUUCAGAUGUCUGUCCAACGUAUAGUGGAAGAUUCUCCCGCUAUAGAUUUGCAGGCCGAGGCUCAACAUACUUCAGGAGAAAUUGAGACACCGCCUCGUUUUCUUUUAAAAUUUGAACAAAUUUAUUUGUCAAAACCCACACAUUGGGAAAAAGAUGGUUCGCCCAGUCCUAUGAUGCCCAACGAAGCUCGUCUGCGUAACUUAACCUAUUCGGCUCCUCUGUAUGUGGACAUAACAAAAACUAAAGUUGUGGAAGGUGUAGCACCUGUAGAAACACAACAUCAAAAGACUUUCAUUGGCAAAAUUCCAAUUAUGUUACGUUCCACCUACUGUUUGCUGUCCCAACUAACAGAUCGUGAUUUAACUGAGUUGAACGAGUGUCCUUUAGAUCCUGGUGGUUAUUUCAUUAUCAACGGUUCCGAAAAGGUAUUAAUUGCCCAGGAAAAAAUGGCCACCAAUACUGUCUAUGUAUUCAGCAUGAAGGAUGGCAAAUAUGCUUACAAAUCUGAAAUCAGAUCUUGUUUAGAACAUAGUUCUCGACCCACAUCUACCCUCUGGGUUAAUAUGAUGGCCAGAGGUUCACAGAAUAUAAAGAAGUCGGCCAUUGGUCAACGUAUCAUUGCCAUUCUGCCCUAUAUCAAGCAGGAAAUUCCAAUAAUGAUUGUUUUCCGUGCUUUGGGCUUUGUGGCCGAUCGUGAUAUUUUAGAACACAUUAUUUAUGACUUUGAUGAUCCCGAAAUGAUGGAAAUGGUUAAACCCUCAUUGGACGAGGCUUUUGUAGUGCAAGAGCAAAAUGUUGCUUUGAAUUUUAUAGGUACUCGUGGUGCCAGACCCGGUGUCACCAAGGACAAACGUAUUAAAUAUGCUAAGGAAAUCUUACAGAAGGAAAUGUUGCCUCAUGUGGGCGUCUCCGAUUUUUGUGAAACGAAAAAGGCUUACUUUUUGGGUUACAUGGUGCACAGAUUGCUGUUGGCUUCAUUGGGUCGACGUGAAUUGGACGAUCGGGAUCACUACGGUAAUAAACGUUUAGACUUGGCUGGUCCCUUAUUGGCCUUUUUGUUCCGUGGUCUUUUCAAAAAUCUAAUGAAAGAAGUCAGAAUGUAUACACAAAAGUUCAUUGAUCGUGGAAAGGAUUUCAAUUUGGAGUUGGCCAUCAAAACUAAUAUCAUUACUGAUGGUUUACGUUACUCCUUGGCUACCGGUAACUGGGGAGACCAGAAAAAGGCUCAUCAGGCCAGAGCUGGUGUAUCUCAGGUAUUGAAUCGUUUAACCUUUGCCUCCACAUUGUCCCAUUUGAGACGUGUCAAUUCGCCUAUUGGUCGUGAUGGUAAAUUGGCUAAACCCCGUCAGUUGCACAAUACUCUAUGGGGCAUGUUGUGUCCUGCCGAAACUCCCGAGGGAGCUGCUGUCGGUCUGGUCAAAAAUUUAGCUUUGAUGGCUUACAUUUCUGUCGGUUCUCAACCCUCGCCCAUCUUGGAGUUCUUGGAAGAGUGGUCUAUGGAAAAUUUAGAAGAAAUUGCUCCUUCUGCCAUAGCAGAUGCCACCAAGAUUUUCGUAAACGGUUGUUGGGUGGGUAUACAUCGUGAUCCCGAACAAUUGAUGGCCACUUUACGUAAACUGAGGAGACAGAUGGAUAUCAUUGUGUCCGAAGUGUCUAUGAUUCGAGAUAUUCGUGAUCGUGAAAUUCGUAUUUACACAGAUGCCGGUAGAAUUUGUCGUCCUUUGUUGAUUGUUGAAAAUGGUUCAUUGCUGUUGAAAAAAACUCAUGUUGAAAUGUUAAAGGAACGCGAUUACAACAACUACAGUUGGCAGGUUCUGGUAGCCUCGGGUGUGGUGGAGUAUAUUGACACAUUGGAAGAGGAAACUGUGAUGAUUGCUAUGUCGCCCUACGAUUUGAAACAAGAUAAGGAUUAUGCCUACUGUACAACCUACACACAUUGUGAAAUUCAUCCUGCUAUGAUAUUGGGUGUAUGCGCCUCUAUUAUUCCCUUCCCUGAUCACAAUCAGUCUCCCCGUAAUACCUAUCAAAGUGCUAUGGGUAAACAAGCUAUGGGUGUGUAUAUCACCAAUUUCCACGUACGGAUGGACACUCUUGCUCAUGUUUUAUACUAUCCCAUGAAGCCUUUGGUUACUACACGCUCUAUGGAGUACUUACGUUUCAGAGAAUUGCCAGCCGGUAUUAAUUCUAUUGUAGCCAUUCUUUGUUACACAGGUUACAACCAAGAAGAUUCUGUUAUUUUAAAUGCUUCGGCUGUAGAAAGAGGUUACUUCCGAUCCGUGUUUUACCGUUCAUACAAAGACUCGGAAAAUAAACGUAUCGGCGAUCAAGAGGAGAACUUUGAAAAGCCCAACAGACAAACCUGCCAAGGCAUGCGCAAUGCUCAUUAUGACAAAUUAGACGAUGAUGGUAUUAUUGCUCCGGGUAUUCGUGUGUCUGGUGAUGAUGUGGUUAUUGGCAAAACUAUUACUCUGCCCGAAAGUGACGAUGAAUUAGAUGGCAAUACUAAACGUUUCACGAAGAGAGAUGCCUCAACGUUCUUACGUAAUUCUGAAACUGGUAUUGUCGAUCAGGUUAUGUUGACGCUCAACAGUGAGGGCUACAAGUUUUGUAAGAUUCGUGUGAGAUCGGUGCGUAUACCGCAAAUUGGCGACAAGUUUGCUUCUCGUCACGGUCAAAAGGGUACCUGUGGUAUUCAGUAUCGCCAAGAAGAUAUGGCAUUUACAUGUGAAGGUUUAGCUCCCGAUAUUAUUAUUAAUCCUCACGCUAUUCCAUCUCGUAUGACAAUUGGCCAUUUAAUUGAGUGUCUGCAAGGUAAACUCGGCUCGAACAAAGGUGAAAUUGGUGAUGCUACACCAUUCAAUGAUGCCGUCAACGUACAAAAGAUUUCCACGUUCCUGCAAGAAUACGGCUAUCACUUGCGUGGCAAUGAAGUCAUGUAUAACGGUCAUACGGGACGUAAAAUUAAUGCCCAAGUUUUCUUGGGACCCACUUACUAUCAGCGUCUCAAACAUAUGGUGGACGACAAAAUUCACAGCAGAGCUCGUGGUCCCGUACAGAUUCUGGUGCGACAACCUAUGGAGGGCAGAGCUCGUGAUGGUGGUCUACGUUUCGGUGAAAUGGAACGUGAUUGUCAGAUAUCUCACGGUGCUGCACAAUUUCUGCGCGAACGUCUCUUUGAAGUCUCCGAUCCCUACCGCAUACAUGUCUGUAAUUUCUGUGGUCUAAUUGCAAUUGCCAAUCUGCGUAAUAAUACCUUUGAAUGCAAGGGCUGCAAGAAUAAGACACAAAUCUCACAAGUUCGUUUACCAUACGCAGCUAAAUUAUUGUUCCAAGAAUUGAUGUCUAUGAAUAUUGCACCACGUUUGAUGGUCGUUUAAAAUGUAUCAAAUGUGUCUACGAGGAUUACGAUAAAGCUCGUUUAAUUUUCUUUAUCAAAUCAAUAUAUCAGUAAGAAUUUUUUUUAUUUAAAAUCAUAAUGAAUAAAAUUAUUAAUGUAUGACUAAAGUCUUAAUAAAAUUUUAUUAAUUAACAAAAAAAAA